CAAAAGGUCAGUGAUCGAAGGACCGUCGUUCCAGUGGCGACAUUUCAGCUGCCGGAAUUGAGCAGUCAGCCUGGAAAUUCUAGAAUAUCUGCUCCCCCAAUGUCUCACACACUCGAUACACACCCACCAAUUUACGCCAGGGUGAUUAAAGCAAGAACUCCAAUCUCGUACGAUUCACAAGCUCUCACUCUUAAACUUGACGACAUUAUUCGGAUAACGAGGAGAAGCCAUGGGCAAGGCGUCGGCGAAAUAUUGGGCACAGACAAGCAAGGAACGUUCCCACUAACUCACGUGGAAACAUUGCGUCCUCAGGAUCUGGACAAAUACAUUAAAGACAAUUCAUAAGGUGAAGAAAGGGUAGUGGAAAAAUACCAAAUUUCAUCAACACUCACUGACCAUGAACUUGAGAUUUGAGUGACAAAAAGUUUACGAGGGACACAAGUAUUACUGUGUUAUCUAAGUACAUAUAUCUGAUGGCAUUUCAUACCUGAAAAACUAGAAUUGCAUAGUUUUAUUCGUCUCUAUAGGUGUAUAAUAAUCUUGUUGCGUUUUUUAGUAUACUGCUUUUUUGUAGGUUGCAUAACCAUGUAAGGGGAGAGGUUGUGAGGGUGGCAAUACCGGCUUUUGAUGCCAUUUUGUUUAUUUGUAGUCACUGAUAACACUCUGAUAACAUGUACUAAUCGUAAGAUCCCCAGCUAGUUUUUAUUCAUGCCUAGGUACACCCGUCACACCCACUCAAAGGCACGAAAAACACGAGAAAAUCCGCUUUUCAGUUCAAAUCAUAACCGAAAUCCAAUUUUACUCUGAUUUUAAAAUUUGUGUAUUUUCUUGAUCAUAGAUGGCUACUUUAUGAUGCCCAACAUCAAAGUCAACUUUUUUUAAGUUUUGAUCUUUUUAAAUAUCUGCAAAUUUCGAAAACAUUUCAUUUCAUUUCGAUAUAAUAAAACAACUAUCUAGUACCAGGAAAAUUCGAAAAUUAUAAAAAUUCUAUAUAUCAAAAUUGAACAAAGGUUUGCUAAAAUACGCCGCUUUUAGUACUUGUAAUUCCUUAGAGUGGGUGUGGCGGGGGCCACAUGGGGUGAACCCUCCUUCCCCUUUUGUACUCUCACCCAGUACUCCAACAUAAAUUGGGUACUGCCAACCUCACAACCUCUCCUCCUCAUAAGAAAGGCUUCGUGUAUACCAUAUCCUGAUGAGAUGAUGAUUGUUGUGUGUACAUUUUACACAUCUCCAGCUAUUUUUCCUCGUUACUAGGUUAAAACUUAACUUUUUUGCACUCACUUGGGCAGUACCACAUAGAAUGUCUGAUUACAACUUCUUGUGUGAUAACAGCUUCUCACAUACAUCUAGGUAGGUAAAGGUAGCCAUACUGAUAUGACAAUAAUGGCUUGAAAUAUCUAUAUGUUGUCCCUUAUGUCCCCCUUUCAUGCAUGCUCCAGGCAAUUAUGACCUUUAUUAUAGCGUGACCAUCCCCAUCAUCCUGAGGAGGAUAGUUUGACGAUCUAAAGCACACUUACGAAUAUAAUUAUGACUUCACUCCUCUUACGAUUAGAUUUGUUGUGCUUUUGCGAUUUUGUAAACGAUGGAUGGUUGUUUGUAUUUACUACUUUCAAUCUUUUAAGCGAAUGCGAUUUCUUUAAAUGUGCGAUAUAAAUAUCGUAAUGGACUACAUCGCAGUAAACAGGUUAUAAAAUCACGCAAGAAAAACGCUUAAUGUCAAACUCAUGCCUACGUAUUAGUUAUUGACUUUAUGCUUCUUCUAGCAGUGUAAAUUUGGCAUGCAACGCUAGAUCAUUUGAUAUCUUUGUUGGGUGCAUUUUGUAAAAAUUUAUCAUUCCAGUUCAACAUUCUCUAAUUUUACGCAGUACAUUUAACUCUCUGACUCUGUCGUUUAAGUUAGUUUAAUAAUUUAAAUUAAAGUUAACCUUUUGCUAAUUCCUAACCCAAGUAUUGUAACAUUUUAUUCCAAGUCCAUUUCUGUAAUCUAAUUUGAAGGAACAUUUUCCUCAUUCCGUUAAGUCAGGUAUAAAAAGGGUGCAAUGUUUAUUCUCAUGCGAUUGUCUUGUUAGUUUUGAGCCAUUCUAAUUAUCUUUCCUGACCAAUCCAAUUAUAAAUUUGUCUGAGUUUUCCUAAUGUAAAAUAUAUUGACUUGAAACCACAACCAAGUGUCCUGGCCCAAUUAUAUUUUAUUGCGCAAGUUUUAAUUCCUGCACAUCCACGACAUUACCACUGGGGGCCUCUUGAACUCACCCACCAAAAUUCCAUAUCCGUGGGAAUCGUCACCCAUCAAUCUAUUUUACACACGUUGCAGUAAUGCUCAGGACUGAACACUCGUACCAAAUUUCCUUAUGUAAAUACAUUAAAUCACACCUUGAUAUUCAGAGUGGAUCUAGCCAAACCUGUCAUUGUGUCUCAAACUAAGUUUCAGUAAACAACUUUUUAUAUGCGUGACUUUUUUUUUUACAUGAGACAUAUUUAGCUCUAGUAAGUUGAUCGCUUACUACCAUUAAUAUAAAUUUCCACAAUUUUUUAAAAUGUUAGUGGAAUUUGUACUACUUGUAUCAUGCAUAUUUGCAUACCUCUUUUGGAAGGAUAACUACUCCGUAGCAAAACGACCCCCAGGACCAACUCGACUUCCCAUAAUUGGCAAUCUUCAUCAAAUGGCAUUGACAGGAAAAAAAUUGCCAUUUGAAGCGUUUGAUGUCCUGUCCAAAACUUACGGGCCACUGUUCAGCAUCAAAAUGGGAAUGAAGGAAGCUGUUGUUGUCACAUCUUUCGAAGACAUGGCAAUUCUUCUCGCCAAAGAUGAAACGGCUGGUCGAGUACUCGAGGAGUUUAUCGCGGAUCGGAGCUUCAAAGAGGAAUUGGGGGUUCUCUUCAGCAAUGGCGAAAUGUGGAAAUCUGUCCGUCGCUUUACCAUCCGUACCUUGAGGGACUUUGGGUUUGGGAGAAAGAGCUCGUUGGAGUCCAUGAUGAGUGAAGAGCUCCGUCACUUCGUGGAUAAGAUCAAGACUGAUGCGAAGGCCAGUGGCAACUCGUCCGUGUAUGUCUACACAUUUUUUAACCUUAGUCUCGUCAACGUCAUCUGGAGCAUGGUUGCUGGGAAGACGUUCAGCUAUGAUGAUGAACGGCUCAUCAAAUUCAUUGAAAUGAAUGAAGGUCUCUUCAAAGCUGGGAACUUUGGGUCGGACAUUUCCGUCGCAUUUCCAUUCCUCCGGCAUAUGUUCCCCAAUGCGACAAAUGCCAACCUGUUUAAGGCAGGAUUUGCCGAGUUUCAUGAGUAUUUUAGGGAGAUCAUUGCAGAACAUAAAGCAAGACCGGACUACGGAACAAAUCCGGACAGUUUUGUGGACGUUUUUCUCGCUAAAAUCGACGAAAUGAAUGAGACCGACCCGUCCGAAGGUUUUUACACACAUGAUCAACUGCUCAUAGUGAUGAUAGAUCUAUUCAUGACUGGGACGGAAACACUGAAUGGGGUUCUGAGCUUUGGUCUUCUAUUUUUGAUUCUUAACCCCGAAGUGCAAGCCAAAGUGCAGAAGGAAAUUGAUGCAGUUGUCCCGCAUGGAGGUGAAGUUCUGUUUGAGCAUAAACAAAAAAUGAUCUACGUCCAAGCCACAAUCAUGGAAAUUUUGAGACUUGGUAACAUUGUGCCCGUUAUACCUCCAAGAAAAGUCAUGCAAGAUUUUACCUACAAAGGAUACACAUUUCCAAAGGACACGACCAUAAUUCCCAACCUGCACUCGGUAUUCGUCAACGAAAAGUACUGGGAUGAUCCGAAGGCAUUUCGUCCGGAACGUUUCAUCGAUUCCAACGGCGAGUUGUGCAACAUGUCAAAGUUUUCGCCGUUCGGAUUUGGGAAGCGAUUCUGCCUCGGAGAGACGCAAGCAACUCCAGCAAUCUUCCUCUACUUUACGACUCUUGUGCAACAGUUUGAAUUUUCCAAGAUGGAGAAUCAACCAGAUCCAACCACAGAUCCGUCACCGGGGUUCACACUCAGUCCCACACCGUUCCAUAUGAAAGUGAAAGCUCGAUACUGAUCUUUUUAGGGAUGUAGAUAAUUUUAGGAAUAUGUAUGGGACUCAUUGUGGGUAUUGUAAUACUUAAGGUUUAUUACGAAUUGAUUUCCAAUAACAAUUUACUGAUUGUCUUUUA